AUGGCGCAAGAACUCAACAGUGUUGGUCUGCCUAUCAGGGAUAUUUACAGCUGGAAGAAGAUAUGGCUUGACUGGAAGGCCUACAUAAAAAGAAAAUUGGUGGAAAAUAAAAAGGAGCAGUCAGCUACUGGUGGCGGCAGAAAUAAGCAGCACCAUUUCAGCGAAUUGGAGGAAGCGGUAAUAACACUAACCGCAUUAGAGACGAGUACAAGUGGAAUUAAAAAUACAGUGAGCAUGGGCUUACCAAAGUCAGCCGACGUUGGCAAUGAGACAGAGGCCGACAUAUCAAUGACAUCAGUGACCUGCAGUCCAGCACUGCCAAGACGGACUGCUAGGUCACCGGAUACAUGUACAGCCGAUUUAAUAAAAGAACAACUUACAAUUCGAAAAGAAUUUCAGGAAAAGGUUAUCGAUAAGUUGGACGAUCUUUCAUUAGGUAUGCGACGACUAGGCAGAGCAUUGGAAAUGCAAAACGAUUUAAAAAAAGCGGAAGUGGUAGAAUUUAGAAGGCACAACAUAGCUAUGGAUAAUUUGAUAGCUACUAAGAAUUCCAAAAAACAUUAA